UAAAAGACAAUUUUGAAACACAACUGGGGUCGCAAUUGUCUCYUAAUCUGGUUUCCCGACACGAAACCGGUUUAACUGGUAAAACUAGCUCCAAGAACAAAAGAAAACGCUGUGGAUCUAGAAGAUGAUAUACAGACCACCUACAACUAUAUGCUGAUCGUCUUAGUAAAGAGUCUAAAAGGUUUUAAUCUAAACUUUCUUUACACAAAACGUCUUCCAGGAAGUGUAUUAACACCCCCCGAACGAAGCAUUAGUCUAGGGAAAGAUUAAUUAAGUAGUAGUUGGGCUUGAUCGAAAAGCUUCACUGGUAAUUGGGGUCGAAACUGAAGAUUGAUUGAAAUAUUAUAUAAACUGAAACUACACUAAAAGAAGGAGGAUUAUCAAUAACUCUGUAACGAGAUGGAUUCAUAUAAAAGCGUCUUCUAUAAUAGCUAUAGAAUAGGACAAUAAGACUUCAAGUAUCUGCAAACAACCCGUUACGUUAAUGUAUCCUGGAGUAAGAGUGGAGUGCUCAUCUGUUAAAUGCGUCAGGUUUUAGAUCUUUCAAUUCGACAUUUGGUGUCCUUGAACAAGUUGGUAGAAGACUGACCUGAAGAUACACUACCUUUUAAUGGAUUUAGCAUUUGUUUAAUAUAGAACCUAUACGUCGACAGAUCAGUCAACUCGUUUUAUCGACAAAACAAUAUAUCAGUAGUGAUUUUACCAGUGGAAGAAAAUUUAUUCGCUCUUUACUUAGGAUCGCAAGUUCUAUACUUUAUAUAAUUGGAAGUCCUCUUUCCAAAUUGAAGCACGCGUUCUCAAAAGGGAAAAUAUCAACUAUGCAUCUGUUAAUAAACAAAUUUCAAGCUUUCGCAAGAUAAAUACAGAACAGGUUAAAUCAGUUGCUUCCCAGAAGAAGACGUUUAUCAUCAUCAUCGCCUUGACCGAGAUUUAUACCGGUCUGAAUCGAGUAAAUUUAAUCGUAAAGAAACAGGACGACGAUUAAGAUUGGUACAAGGGUUUCCGCCUUUCAAAUAACUGCCUUGAGGAACUGAUUAUUGACCACAAUAUAAGAAAGUGGUUAAUUGCUGUAACUAACUUGAAAAGCGACGACUCUGGAGUCAGAUCGUUUUUCGACAAAUUCUACUCGUUCUGAGAUAGAUAUACGUUUACAAGAAACUUUUUAAAAAGACUUGGUUUCAUUAGCCGCGCAGUCCUUCAUCGACGGUUUUCACUCAAGGGAGCCUCUCACUAUUCAAAUAUUACCAGUCUGCAAUAGUUUUAUUGGCAUCGGUCGAUGAACAACCCCAUUGGUAACGCACCAGCAGUUUUCACUCAAGGGGACUGAUCAGUAUUCAAAUUACCAGUCUGUAUUAGUCUUAUUGGCAUCGGUCGGUGGUCGGCUCCACUGGACGUAACGCAGGUAACACACAAACCAUUGGUAACGCCCCAAAAACUCAACCCUUGACGUAAUAUAUGUAACGCAACAGUAUCAGUAACGUAACGUAACGGUUACGACUUGUGACGAACCGGUAACAAGGAAAUCAACCACUCCUAAAGAGCCUGUAACGCAUUGAUAACGCAACGAUAUCGCACUGGUAACACAAUAGUAACGCAAGAUAACGUGUGACGCAACAGUACUAGUAACGUAACGGUUACGACUUGUGACGAAUUAACGGUAACAAGGAAACCAAGCACUCCUAAAGAGCCUGUAACGCAUUGAUAACGCAACGAUAUCGAACUGGUAACACAACAGUAACGCAAGGUAACGAGGGAAUCAUUGAUCAACCGGAAGGGAUAUCGCUAGUCGUCAAUGGAUGGGAACCAGAGUGACCUGUGUCACUGUGUUGAUUGGGAGAAGUCUUAUGACCCUGCACCAGUGCACCAAGUAUAUUGGAGCUACAUUUUCACGUGUGUCGUGACAGUCACGUUGUCCAUGACAACUACAAUCCUAAACACUUUGGUGAUUGCGGCGAUUUAUCAAACGAAGAGCCUUCACACGCCUUCAAACAUCUUGCUAUGUAGUCUAGCGAUGUCUGAUUUAAUAGUUGGUUUCCUGGCCCAACCGUUGUACACCACCGCUAUUAUUAUGGAAAUCAAGGGUGACGUUAAAGUAUAUUGCGUGACCGGUGCUGUCACGGCAUUUGUAUCAUACACAUCAGCAGGAGCUUCGUUAUUCACACUAGCCGCCAUUAGUGUCGAUCGUUAUUUUGCAAUUCAUCGACCACUAAGAUAUCGAGCUGUGGUGACACCCAGUGCGGUUGCCAUGGUUGCAUUAGCGCUUUGGAUUAUGGGAGCGACUGGGGCGUCAACUCGUUUGUACCUCUCCGUGACACAUUUCAUGUUUUCUCUUGCUUUGGUCAUGCUUAUCUCACUCAUAACAAUCUUUUCAGCUAAUCUGAAGGCUUUUCGUUCGUUGAAAGCCCAAAAAGCGCUGAUUAUCCAAAAAAUGCAGUUGCAUCGCGGACAGGAAGAGGUCAAACUCGCUCAGUCCCGAAAAUACCUCGUGACAAUGUUAUACAUUUUGGGAUUAGUGUUGUUGUGUUACGUUCCUUUUGUGUCUGUCACGCUUGUCACGGCUAUGUAUGGCGUGACGAGUAGCACUCGUGCAGCUUGGAACAUUGCAGACACUAUUGGUUAUAUGAACUCAACUUUGAACCCGUUUUUGUAUUGUCUGCGCAUGCGCGAGAUUUCUAACGCAGUGCGCAAGAUUUUGCGCAAAUAUUGUUGUAGGCAUUUCAGAAAUAACCAGGUUGAGCUAGUUAAGCCAGUUAGUCAAGGCACGGUGAAAAGGAGCAAGAAGGAGUUAUCAACAAUUUAUGAAGAACCACAAAUUUCCAUGACAAUUGCUUAGAGGGGCGUUUAUCAACUACGCGUGACGCUAUAUCGACAUUUCGAUGUCACGCAAUAAUCAGUCAAUCUUAAUCUUGAGCUAAAUCAAAAAGAAAUAAAGUACUGAAUGUUUAUCGAUUUUAUUAAUGUUUUUCUCUUAAUGUUUUCUCAUGCCGAGAUUAAAUAAACUAGGUCCAAAAAUAGAACCUUGAGGAACUCCAGACAAUAUGGAACAUCAUAACAUUAAAUGAAUUCGUGAGUAUUUAUCGUAAAAAGAAAGUUAUUGAAUGUAAAAAUGCAAAUUAGUUAUAA